AUGUACCAACAAGGAUCAGAUACCUCUAACGAAUUCAGGGAAGUCAUCAGAAAAGAAAUGAAUAAAAGAAUCGGUCCUGAGAACGAAGAGCUGAAGGACUUUAUCAUUCCCAACUGGUCGCCAGGAUGUCGAAGAAUCUCCCCAGGGGAUGGCUAUUUGGAGGCUUUGGUACAACCCAACGUCCAACCUGUAUUCAGUGGGAUUAAAAAGGUUGUAGCAGAUGGCAUAGUGACUGAGGACGGGGUUCUCCAUGAAAUGGACGUAUUGGUGUGUGCUACUGGAUUUAAGGUUGCUUUCAGGCCAGCAUUCAAAGUUGUCAAUGGGGAUGGAACGACGUUGGAUGAUGAUUGGGGGAAGGGACCAAAUCUUUAUCUUGGAUUAUCCGCCCCACGUUUCCCCAAUUUCUACACCAUUGUGGGGCCGGGGGCGACAUGGUCUAACGGACCACUCUUACCCUCCAUUGAAACCAGUGUCGAAUAUGCCGUCAAGAUGAUGCGCAAGAUUCAAAAGGAGCACAUCAAAUCUCUUGAUGUAAAGCAAGAAGCUUUGGAUGACAUAUAUGCUCAUUUCGACGAAUUUCACAAGACAACAGUCUGGCAAGAAGAAUGCCGCAGUUGGUUCAAGGAUGGCAAGAUCAAAAACAGAAUCUAUCUCUGGCCAGGAUCCGUGAGUCGACUCAGCGUUUGCAAACCCCACUCUUCGGUUCACCUGCUAACCUAUUCAUAUAUCAGACAGUUCACUUUCUCAAGACCAUUAAAGAACCUCGUUUUGAAGAUUACAAUAUUCGCUAUCGAUACAAGAAUCGAUUUGCCUUCUUAGGAAAUGGAGAGGUUAAGGCCAACACCGUGAAAGGUGACUAUAAAGGUCUUAGCACAUAUGUGCAAAACAGCGACCACGAGUGGUCAAUCGAAUAGACCUAAAAUUCCUUUCAUUUCUGCACAGCUUCUAUCGUGUAUAGCACAAGGUGGCUCCAGACGAUCGAGAGAUCAAGCUUGGACUUUCCCUCUUUCCAAGACAUGUUAUUGAACAUUUUCAACGCCAACAUUGAAUUUCGACUUGUUGUUUGUAUUCUUUCCGCGAAAUGCAACUACCGAAAUCCACACCAGCUAAGUGUGGAUUGAUGCACGAUGAUGAGGUUCUGUCGAGGUAUUCCAGCCAUGGUGUCAGUUUGAUGUGACCUCUUCCCACUUGGUUCAUGUCUGCCUGCCAGCGUUGAAACUGACGAACAGUGGGGAGCUUCCUGCUUCCGCCGAUCCGCGGUGAAAUCAUGGGGAAGAGCCCUAUCGUAUUUUGUGGAGAAGGUGGGCACCUGGACUACCCCGCGUUUUUUAGCUUCCUCUCUGAGUACGAGUACGCGUAGAACGGAUCAGAU